AAAAUAAACCAAAGCAGGAUUUAAUUUGUGAUAUUUGGUUGGGGUGACUGCUCCACUUGCUGUCUACACAGUAGCAUUGUGCGUUUUGACUCAAAGCAGUCGUUGCAUCUUCUUCCUUGGCCGUGUUAGGGUUUUGGAGUAGCCGUUUACACCACCGAAUUUUCCCUGGACCUUACUAUACGACAAAAUGUUGUGAUUCUUCUAUUGAAUCAUCUCGCUAAGGCGACGAGUCGUUUCGUCCAAACAUCGCUGUGCAUGCGUUUGAUUUACCAUUUGAUAUGGACGCCGAAGCGGACUCAACUCAAAACCCUACUCCAAGUUUGUUUGAAGAAUAGCUGAUUUCUUCCUACAGACACAAAUGUUCGGCAUGCUAUAAACAAUUCAAGAAGAAAGAGCAUCUAAUUGAGCACAUGAAAACCUCGAACCAUUCCGUCCAUCAGCCUGCGUGUGGAGUCUGUCAAAAGCACUGCAAAUCUUUUGAGUCUCUAAGAGAACAUCUUACUGGUCCUUUGCCAAAAGGAGUUUGUUCAAAGACUUUCUCUCAACGGGGCUGUCAACUUUGCUUGGUACUAUUUGAUAGUCCCGGGUCUCUCAUUGCUCACAGAGAAACAUGUUGCUUAUCUGCCCCUACUCGUCUUGGAACUAAAGAACUGACCUAUAUAGAUUCCCAAUUUCACCGUCAAGAUUCUUCUGAUGAAAACCAUGCUGGCAGGGGCCCUGGAGGAACAGUUGCAAUAGACUGUGAAAUGGUUGGUGGUGGAAGUGAUGGUUCUCUGGAACUUUGUGCAAGAGUAUGUUUGGUUGAUGAAGAUGAGAACUUAAUCUUUCAUACGUAUGUAAAACCUCAAUUGCCUGUUACUAAUUACAGAUAUGAUAUAACUGGGUUGACAGAAGAACAUCUCAGAAAUGCCAUGCCCCUUGGCGAAGUUAAAGAAAACGUAUGCAAAAUACUAUACAAUGGAGAAAACCUUGGCAAAAUUCGACUAAAUGGUGGAAAGGCCAGGCUUCUUGUGGGGCAUGACUUAGCACACGAUUUAUAUUGCUUGAAUAUGCAUUAUCCUGAUCAUAUGCUAAGAGACACUGCAAAGUACCGUCCGUUGAUGAAGACAAACUUGGUCAGCCAUUCGCUCAAGUAUCUCACCCGAACAUAUCUUGGUUAUGAUAUCCAAUCCGGCACUCAUGACCCGUAUGAAGAUUGUGUUUCUGUGAUGAGACUAUACAAGAGAAUACGAGCUCAAAAGCAUCCAGAGGAAGAAGACCAUGGAACAUCGACUCCGAGUAACAGGAUUGUUGGUGUGCCUGAUUGCUGGAGAUCCAAGGAACUUGACAACCUCACUCCAGAUCAACUCUAUGCCAUGUCAAGAUCGGAUUACAAGUGUUGGUGCUUGGAUUUGAGGCCAAAAUUGCCAACCUGAAUUAUUUCAUCAUUGAAUUUUUCUCCGGCAUCAUAUCAUAGUGCCUAUUUCCUCAGAAACUAUGGGAAUGGGUUGCUAAAAUAUUUUGCAGUGAUAUUUUCGGUGAAUAUCUUUCUAACGCAUAGUGUGAUCCUCGGGACAAGAAAACUGUUGAAAAAAAAAGAUAUGAUGCUUUUGUGAAUAUCUAACUUUUGGUUCAAACUAAAUUAAGGCUACCUUUUUUAGAAUGAAGACUUGCCUACUUUGUCAUAAAGGCUACCGACACAAACGAUUUAAGGCUUGUUCUAGAUCCAAUUUCAACGGAGCCAAUUAGAUCUAAGUUGCUGAUUGGUACAAGGAGUUUUCAUUUUCAAAUAUAAACAUGUUUAGUUACUAUU